UUCCCUCACGCGGGGAAAAGAAUGUUUUUGCUUGAGUGGCACCGGCCUGACUUAGUGUGGCCAACGGCUUUUCCUUUCACCCACGCAUGUGCACAUGCUCUCCAGGGCUGACAGGAAUGGCGCACUUACCUCAGCCCCCCACGCCGCCUUACGAGAGAAAUAAUAACUGUCAACACCUAAAACGCAAAGGAAGCAGCGUGUGUGUAUGAGGAAACAUCCCCCCCCCCCCAAAUCACAUUUGUGCAACAUUGGGGUUGGUCCCAAUAAGGGUUUUUGCAAAAAAUGUGGGUCAUAAUCAUGGCAACAUAUAGUCUGGCCCCCCACAAGGUCUGAGGGACAGUGGACCGGCCCCCUGCUGAAAAAGUUUGCUGACCCCUGAUUUAAACCAACGUUGGAGGAAAAUGAGGAAGGGGCUGUCCAAAUCCUACUAACAUUGGUAAGCACUUUAGAGCACUUUCAGCAUAGGUACCUUCACUCUUGGUUAUGUUGUUAAAGGAAUUGUACCUGCUGAACUACACUUCCCAGAGGCCCAUUUUGAGCCAAAGGAUUAUGGGUAGUGUAGUUCGGAUUAAUAGACAAGCUGAACCGAGCGCCAAUCAGUGUGGAGUGUUUGCUAAAUGCUUCCUGCCGACGGAAACUGCCGUGUGCUUUUAUAUAACACUAUGGCACACAAGAUGGUAAUCACUUUGGUCUAUCGAGUGGGAUAUAGAAGAGCUUCUUCUCUGUAUUCCAGGCUGCAUUCAACCUAUGUCAAGAGAAUGAGGUAUAUGUCCGAGCUAAAAGACAAUGAUGACGCUUGCAGGAAAGCCUCUAACUCAGGAACUUUCUUCCUGUUUCACAACUACUCUCCCUUCUUGCAAGAGAAAGGAAACAUGCUCCUGGCGCCAAAGUUAAAUGCAGCAGAAAUUAAGAGGAUUCUAGAGAAGUUCAGACAGAGCGAAGAAAAGAUAGAGGAUUCCAUGCUGGUUGGAUGUUCAAAUGAGUGCCGGCCGUAUUUUGCUUUGGACCUAGGAUCCUUGGAAAGAUCUGCCCUUGAAGCUGAACUCAAUGGAUCAUUUGGGGAAAUGAGGAAAGCUUUCUUUCAGUUAGAAGAAGAAGAUGCCAGUUUGAUUUCCACGGCUCAGGCUCUCCUUCGAUGGCAUGAUAACAACCAGUAUUGUGGGAAAACAGGACAGCUCACAGUGAAGAACCUGGCUGGAAGCAAACGGGUUUGUCAGAGCAGUGAAAUAAUCUAUUACCCACAGAUGUCUCCAGUUGUUAUUACUUUGGUGUCUGAUGGGAGUCGAUGCCUUCUCGUACGGCAAGCAUCGUUUCCUAAAGGGAUGUACAGUGCUCUGUCUGGCUUCUGUGAUAUAGGUGAAACUCUGGAAGAGACACUCCAGCGAGAAGUGGCUGAAGAGGUGGGGUUAGAGGUGGAGUCUGUCAGCUAUUCUGCAUCUCAGCAUUGGCCAUUCCCAAGCAGCACGCUAAUGAUUGGCUGCCAUGCCCUGGUGAACCCGCAACAGAGCAAGAUUAAUAUCAACAGACAGGAGCUAGAAGCUGCCGAGUGGUUCAGCCAUGGGGAAGUGGUGAAGGCUCUUGGGCGGAACCCAAAACCUUCCAAAGACAAGGAUGACAACCUCUCAUUUUGGGUGCCACCUAAGCAAGCCAUAGCCCAUCAACUGAUUCAGGAAUGGGUCAAAAAGCAAGGUCCUGUGCCUACUUAGAGACACUUAUUCAAUCAUUUACUGCUCCAGGUAAAUAUCCGAGUGCCAGUCGACCUUUUAAUUUCAGUGACUCCAUAUGUUAAGAUUUUCUGCAGGACAUUUAUAGGCAGAGAGGGUGGUUCCAUUUCACACUUUUGCCUGAGGCUAAAGAAUUUGUCCGUCAGAUCCUGAAGGUGUAUAUAUAUAUAUCAGCUGGAUGGGUUUGUAAGGGGGGGGGGGAGGAUGCUGCUAAGGGUCAGUGGCUCCUCCCUGCAGCUUCCAUUGUUUCACAGUUCUUGAUGGAAAUCAUUCCCAAGUGCUUUUCUAGAGUAUAACUGGUAAGUCAGAGUUGACCCUAAGCAAUGGUUGCUGGCCUUGUUGGACUCAUGAGCACAUUUGAUUCUAUGAUUUGCAAUUGUUGUGGGCACUACACCCACCCACCCACCCACCCCACAGCCUCUGCUGUUGGCAACAAUGAGUAUUUCAGGCCCAAAUUCAGUGGGAAAAGGAGCGAGGGGCAUGGAUCCCAUGGCCAGUGACAUGUUGGCAAGCUCUGGUCUAAAGACUCUCCCGAUGUUUUGUAAAGUUAUUUGCUAGAUACAAUGCCAAAGUUCCAAUUAAAAACAAAAGCCUCUCAAAAGCUUACACCACCAGAAAUGUGAUUUUUUUAUUUUAUUUAGUGACAUUUAUAUGCUGCUUAAUUGUACAAACCUCUAAACAGUUUGAAGUCAGCCGGCAGCUGAAAAACGAAUACUCUACAGUUAUUUGUAAAGUUCACUUUAGUAAAGGCAUUCAGCUCUCAUCUUCUAUUUCACUUCCUCUGUGACAGCCUGCAACUGAAUUCCAUCUUCCUGGCAGAAAGUAGAUAGACUUGCCUUCAGAAUGCAGCUCUUAGUAUUUACUGCUAUUGCUAUAAGCUCUCUGAGGUUUGAACUGUUUCCUACUUCUUUUAAGGAACUGAUAUACCAAACCAGAAUUAUUAUUAUUAUUUGCUUCAUUGUUUCCCUAUGGUAGUUCACAAUUUUUCCUGUCCUGGGCGUUGUCUGUGUACAACACUCUCAUCCUGCAAAUAAAAAGGAUUCCAUCA